AUGCCCACCCCUUGUGGGGGGUAAUUCAGAGCUUGCAUUGUAGGGGCCUCAUGCAGUUUGUCAUCCAUUUUAUGAUUGCUUUCACUGUUUGUGGCACCGUUUAUUCCCAUACAAGUGAUAGAAUUGUAAGAUACUAAAUACAGUAUCUAGGCCUAUUAAUCAAUUUGAUAUGACCUGAUUGAAUGAUAAUCCAUCCAAUUUUAGUUGGAUAUUGACUAGCAUGUUAAUCCAAUAAUUUGGUUAAUGACCUCAUCUAAUCAUUUGAGUAUUAGGUAAAUUGAGUGGAAAACCAUAAUUUGAUACUGUUUAUUCUUUUAACUAAUAGUAAUAGUAUUUUGCAUAUGUUUUGAGAAAAUUGAUAUACCAUAAUAAGAGUUUAUGAUCUAAUGAUGAUAUGCUUGGAUACAAACUUUUAGCUAUGGGAUUGUCAUAUAUGAUAGGAGAAGAAUAAUAUUAUUAUGAAGGAUUCUGAUUGAACCCAACUUAUUCCAUUUACAGUUUUAUCACAAUGCCUACAUAUGGUUGUACAUGUAUGGUGGUUGUUUCUUUCCUUAUAUUUGCUAACCUCACCUCUUGAAUUCUAGAAUGGCUUGUUAUGGUCCUCAUUUAUUUACCUAUGCAAAUAAAAACAUGAGUAAACUAUGAGACUUCCUCUCUGCAUGCAGGGGUAAGGAUUACAUAUAUUGAUUCUCCCACCCGAUACUGGGAGACAUCUCAUGUACAGGACAUUCCUUUUCACGUAAAGCUGUGUUCCCUGCAGCUAGGAAUGGCACAUAUGCUUUGUCUUUGUUCUUUGUAAUAAUGGACUAAGAUAUCCGGGAUGCAUGUGAGCUUGAACAAGAGACAUACUCAAAGAUGGAGCUCUUCGGUGGCUUUCUAUGUGAAUCAUGGUCAUCUGAGAAUUUGUACUCUCAUCCGGAUGCUCAAAGGUGUCCAUUUCUGAGGAAUAUUAAUGAGCCAACAAACUUUUCCUUCUCAGCAUCUUUUAAUUCUCCUUUCCCAAUACAAGGAGCAAAGGGUCCAAUCUUUGAAGAUGGACCCAGUUUCGAUAUGGCAUUCAAGCUUUUCCAUGGGCACAAUGGAGUUGUCCCACUUUCAGGCAAAUCAUAUAUGCAUGAGGAGAAUGUGGAACCUAUGCCUGUCAUGCAGUUUAACCCCUUGUCAGGGAAAGCUGCUUCAAUUGGUCUCUCAGCUUUUGGCCUAGGAGGACCCUUUGGUUUUGAUUUCUUCUCAAAAAAGUGGAACGAGAAUAAGAAAUCCUCCAAGAAGGAUCAUUCUCAACAGAGGGAAGGUGGCGGCACAUCACAUGAAUCAUUAAGCCAUGAGUGGCUCAGAACAGGGCAAUGCCCAAUUGCAAAGUCUUAUAGAGCAGUGAGUGGUGUCUUGCCUCUUGUAGCAAAGAUACUACAGCCACCACCUGGAAUUAAACUCAAAUUCCCCCCUGCUGUGGUGGCUGUCCGAGCAGCAUUAGCUCGUACUGCCCUGGUGAAGACUCUCCGUCCUCAGCCAUUGCAUGCAAAAAUGUUGGCGAUUGCUUUGCUAGGCAUGGCUGCGAAUGUGCCCCUUGGUGUGUGGAGAGAGCAUACCGAAAAGUUCUCACCUCAGUGGUUUGCUGCGGUCCAUGCAGCCGUGCCAUUUAUUGCGAUGCUCAGGAAGUCAGUCGUCAUGCCCAAGACUGCUAUGGCACUGACCAUAGCAGCUUCAAUCUUAGGCCAGACAAUUGGUUCGAGGGCUGAGCGGCUCCGGCUUAAGUCAGCAGCAACCAAGGACCCAAGCAACAUGAACCAGGCAGCCAUAGGUCUCAAAAUAAGCGGAAACUGCGGAGACGAUGAGGCAAGAGUCUGGAAGUCUCUUCCGCUUAAGGUGGCUGGCCCAGGCUCAUCGUCAGUUACAUCACCAACAGCAAGCAUGUGUUUCUAAGGAGUGUUGUACCUAAGUUUCGGUAUCUAUUACUGUUCAAAUGCUGUUUCAUCCUCUGGAAGACUUUGCUUUACGGAUGUACUGGUAUAGUAUUUUCCUUGCAACAUAGUGUUGUUACGUGCAGGAGCUGUGUCAAACUGUCAUGCUUGUUACUCUGCUGCUGAUAUUAUGUGCUGGAUAUGCCUGGUCUUGUUACUGAGUUGUGUUUUGAUGAAACGAAGGCAUUGUAUAUUUCUUUAGCUUAUUGAUUUUGUCACAACUGUUGUGCUA